AUGUUUCAUUGGAGCCUACCACUACUCCUCAGCACUUUGUUCUUGGUGCUGAGCGCCUCACCUCUCGGUGAUUCAGCAGAAGGUGGAUCAAAUAUCAAGUACACUGCAAGCCUCGGACAAAGUGUCGAGUGCCUCAGCGAGGUCAACGCUGCACGUGAGGCAGCUGGGCUGCCCAACUUCACAGCGGCAUCAGAUAACAAUAAAUUAAACGACCCCACAGGAACAAAUCUAGAUGACACCAACGAGUGGACAAAAAUUUGCAAGCAUUUGAUUCCAACGGAAGCACCGGAAGCAAUGGCGGCGCCCAGCGCACUGAAACCCUUUGAAGACGGAACGUAUGCCUUCAAGUCUCUAACUGCUGCGCAGCCUGACUGCAAGGAAACAGUUGAUUACUGGAAAGCAGCCUACAAAAACUUCACUGGCCUUCCGCCAUCAAAGACUGACGAUGAAACACUGUACAACAAUCAAGAUAACGUUUCUUUUGUAGCCCUCUACAACCCUUCAUCUAGUGCCACUGCAGACUGCCGAGUCGUCACUUGCACUCAGACGACUACCACUACUACAGGUGGUUCAGAUGGUGAAAUGCUCUCAACUUAUGCUGAUGACGGAACUACAAAAACCGGUUACGCGUUGAUUUGUAAGACGAUGCCUGCUGUUUUUGGGAGUAACGGCUCUGCUUUAUUCACGCAGGAGCAGUGGGACAGGAUCAUAUCUUCCCUCACAGGCUCCGCAUCGACAGCAGUUCCAAGUUUUGUUGCUCUUGCCAUUGAGGAGGGCUCUCUAAGUAACUGCAUAGGAGACCAGCUCGUUGCUAGCGGGAUGAGACAAAACAACAUGUGGCCACAAGACAACCGACACAUUGCUCCACGCCAACACUGGAAGAUGCUGCAGUGGAACCUAUCACCACUUCUCAGGAUUUCAUUUUUGAUGCUGAGCGCCACAACUCUGGGCAGCUCACAAGAAACUGAAGAAACAGUCACGUACACUGCAUCUCUCGGGCAAAGCGUCCAGUGCCUCGCUGAGGUCAAUGCCGCGCGUGAAGCAGCUGGGUUGGCCAACUUCAAAGAUGCAGACGAGCAAGACCAAUUAAGUGCUCCGGAGCCACCACAAUUAGAAGGAGAAAGCCAGUGGAAAAAGCUUUGCGAACACUUAAUCCCACAAACGGAAAACGCGGCUCAGUCAAGAACAGCGAAUCCCUUUGAGGCCGGAACAUAUGCUUUCAAGUCCCUAACUGCCGAGCAACCCAACUGCAAGGAAACAGUUGAUUACUGGAAGGCAGCCUACAAAAACUUCACUGGACUACCACCAUCAAAGAAAGAAGCUGGAACACUAUACGACGAUCAAAACAACGUUUCUUUUGUAGCCCUGUACAACCCUUCAUCUAAUGCCACUGCAGACUGCCGAGUCGUCACUUGCACUCAGACGACUACAUCUACUACAGAACCAGAACCUGAAAUGGUGAAGACGGGAGGGGGCAGCGACACUGCGAAAAAGGGCUAUGCAUUGCUUUGCAAGACGAUGCCUACUGCUUUUGCAAGCGACAACUCGGCUCCAUUCACGCAGGAGCAGUGGGACAAGAUCCUCUCUUCCGACACAGGUUCCGGGUCAAUAACAGCUCCAAGCCUGGCUGCUCUUGCCAUUCUCACUUUCGGCGUUAUGAUUUUAUAA